GGGAAUUGAAAAUUCUAAAGAGGAAACUGAUGGAGGCCCCAGCCCUGGGUCUGCCAGAUCUCUCCAAACCGUUUCAGCUGUAUGUGCAUGAGAGGAAAGGGGUGGCUCUGGGAGUGCUUACUCAGUUGCUAGGCACCUGGAAAUGUCCUGUGGCUUACUUUUUCAAACAACUGGAUCAGGUUGCCAAGGGGUGGCCGGCAUGUUUACAGGCGGUAGCUGCAACUGCUCUAGUACCUGAGGAAGCUGAAAAGCUAACUUUGGGAGGGACUGUGAAAGUGUACACGCCGCACAUGGUGCAAUCCCUGCUGGAUGCUAAGGGUGGUCUCUGGCUCACACAGGCUCGAGUGGCUCGGUAUCAGGCUAAGCUUCUGGAAAAUCCUGAAGUCACUCUGCAGGCUUGCCCCUCCCUUAACCCAGCCACCCUGUUGCCAGAAACAGAGGAGCAGGAACAUGACUGUUUAGAUGUCAUAGAUGCCCAAUACUCCAGCCGCCCAGACUUAAAAGAUCAGCCACUCCCAAAUGCAGAUUAUGAGUGGUAUACCGAUGGCAGUAGCGCUGUUACAAACGGACAAAGGGCAGGCUAUGCUGUUGUAACUCUCCAUGAGACGGUGGAAGCAGAGAGUUUUCCUGUCGGGACAUCAGCCCAGCUGGCUGAGUUAGUAGCCUUAACCCACGCGCUUGAACUGUCAAAAGGAAAAAGAGUUAACAUCUUUACUGAUUCCAGAUAUGCUUUUGGAGUGCUGCACGCUCAUGCAGGUCUGUGGAAGCAGAGGGGAAUGCUGACAGCCCAAGGAUCUCCGGUGAAGCAUGGGACGCAGAUUCUCCGGCUUCUAGAAGCAGUGCAGCUCUCCUCGGCGGUAGCAGUGAUACACUGCAAGGCUCAUCAAAAAGAAGACCAUGAUGUCAACAAAGGCAAUGCCAGAGUGGAUAGGGAAACCAAGCGAGCUGCUACCCUGGAACCACUGGAAACUGAGGAUGCCCAGAUGCAUGCCCUCAUCCCAUCAGUAGGGGAACUCCCAGCCCCUCAAUACUCACAUGAGGAAAGGAACCUGGCCAACACACUUGGGCUCCAGGAAAAGGAGGGAUGGCUUCACUCCACAGAAGGAAAGAUCCUCCUACCAAAGAGCCUAAUGCGACUAGUGCUGCAAAGACUACAUCAAACCACUCAUGCUGGCAGAGUGUCUCUAACCCAGCUCGUGAAUAAGUAUUUCCUGACCUCUGGACUCAGGCUUCUGGUCUCCCAGAUACAGGCCGAAUGCUUAAUCUGCCAAAAGAACAACCCCAGACCAGGACUUUCAGUGCCACCUGCUACCCUGGAACCCACCCCAGGUCCAGGAAUGGUUUGGCAAAUAGAUUUUACUGAGUUCCCUCGGACUCAAGGGUACAGAUACCUUCUCGUCUUAGUGGACCGAUUCAGCGGAUGGCCCGAAGCCUUCCCAUGCAGAAACAAUACUGCCAGGACAGUGGCUUUGAAGUUUGUCAAGGAAAUCAUUCCCCGAUUCGGACUUCCCCAGUGGAUGGAAUCUGACAAUGGACCACACUUCACAUCGAAGAUCAUUCAGAAUAUCUCAGACGUCUUACAGAUCACCUGGAAGCUCCACACUCCAUGGCGACCGCAGGCCAGUGGAGUGGUGGAACGCACCAAGCAGACACUCAAGCGACAUCUCUCAAAGGUCUGCCAGGAGGCAUCUCUUCGGUGGCCUGAUGCUUUGCCCCUUGUUUUACUCCGUGUCCGUGCUCUUCCUAAGGGUAGAUUAGGACUUAGUCCCUUCGAGAUUAUGUUUGGAAGGGCAUGGCCUAUGAAUGGUACACCGGUUCUGUUAGGAGAGUGGGAAGUGGGAUGUGGUUUCUUGUCCCAGUACAUGUGCUCUCUGUCUGCUGUUCUCUGUUCUCUUCACAGGUACACUAAAGACUCGCAGCCUCUCUCGCUGGACGAACCUAUCCACUCCCUGCAGCCAGGUGACUCCGUCCUCGUUCGUACCUGGAAAAACAAGCCUCUCCAAGAGAAGUGGAAGGGACCCCACACCGCUGACCUCUCACACGGCGGCCAAGGUUAA